CUUGGACAUUAGAGCCUGUUUUAUAGAGAGAAGGCAUGUUGGCCAGGAUGAGAGAGAAAGCUGGAAAGAGGGAACAGCAUUGCAAGAGCACGGCACUCUCAGAUGUCACCACUCAGACAGAUGUUAAAAUCAUGAUCAGUCAACUCCCAUUGGCUAUUUGAUGUUAACAACGAGUAAUCCAGAUGGGGUGCAGAUGCUGUAAAAUGAUACAAAGCUAUAUCUUUGAUCCAGAAGAUGUACAAUCCUCGAGAUACCCCAAUGAAGUAAACAGUUACAAACCAGACAAGCAAGACGGCAAUAAAUUCAAAGGCGAUCAGAACAAUGAAACUCCAGUGCAUAAAAAUGAACUGCAAAAUGAUGAGUUAAAGAGAACAGAAAAUAAAAACAUGUUCAACAACACAAAAGAGGCCUUCUGGAACCACAAAGGAACUGCUCUUCAUGAGGAAGGGCUAGGAAACUGCGUUGAAAAGUUUGACAGUGGUGUCAAUUCCUGUAGUGGUACUCAUCCCUUUCCUAAUCACAACACAAACCAAAUCAAAGAAACCAUCAGACAUGGAAAUUCCAGCCAGUCAGCAAGUUCUUUUUUAGCCAACAGGACAAGAGACCUCUGCACCAAGGGACUCUCUUUCUCAAAUGAAUCUGGCAAAGAAUAUAACCCAGAAACAGGCAAUCACAAGAAGCAGGACUCAGAAGAGCCAGAACGUUCUCGAGAUGAGAACUCGCAGUCUGCAGGAGAAAACAGCUCUCUCACAGAAAGUGCAAUACUGGAGACCCAAAACGAUGCCAUCCAAUUACCAGACCCGGAUUACCUCCCAUAUGAUAGCCAAACCAGAAACAAUAAUGCUCCUGAAAAGGACAGUUUUUCAGACAAUUACACACAUUCAGACCAAAAUGCAGAGUCUAUAGUGAUAAAUAAGGGGGAGGACCCUGGCCUAAGCCUGCCUUUGCACAUGAAGGAAAAUUAUGAUUCAGUGGAGAAAGCUCUUAAAACUGAGUCUGUAAAUGUAUGUGUCAAAGAGGACAUGCCUGAUGGUCUUGCAUCUGAGGGCCUCAUAACAGAAGCACAAGAGGAAAAGCACAUUAACCAUAAAGAAAUUAAUGGAAAAAUUGAAGAGGAGGAAGAGGAGGAGGACGCAGAGGUGGCAGAAGCUCUUGCAGCACUGGAAGCUGCAACCGCGGGGGAAGAUUAUGAAGAGGAUGAGGAGUAUUAGAUGGAGAUUUCUUUCUAACACAUUCAUAGUAAACUUCAUUCUGGAGCUGUGUGAGAAACUAAUGAAUGCAUGUGUUGUACAGAACAGACAAUUAUUGUACAAAGCACAAAAAACAGAAAGAGCUGGGACUAGAACUCUGAUCAUUUAGCUGCUAAAACACAGUCCUUUACCACCUGAACUGAAGAACAACUCCCUUGGCUUCUGGUAGUAAUAAGGCCCAUAUCGUUCCCAUAGGCCACAAACAAGGGCGUAGCAUUACUCAGACAAAGCCAGCAUGUAACAGUAUAGUUCACGUGAAGGUUUUCUUCAGUUGACUCAAGGGCUUUCACAUACUUCAAGUUUCACGUUCAAAUGAAUCUAAAGCAUGGCUACAAAAACCAGAGUUUCCCCAUUUCUGGUACAAGCCAUACAAAACCACAGAACUGAAUCAUUUCAGUGUAAAACUAUACAACUGACCCUAGCUUCAAAAACCUUUCAGCAAACUGUGACUAAGAAAUUAGCAGAGCUGUGAGAUGCAGUCACAGUGAAACCCAUGUGAAACUUGCCUGGUUUCAUGCUUUGCAAGAAACUAGAAUCACAAUCUCUUGACUCACCAAUUGUUUACAAACGGAUUUUGCCUCAGCCUCCCAGAAGAAGCAAAACCCAUUUGUUUAAAAAAAAACACCCACAACCCAGUGAGGGCUAAAUUCAUCCUGCUGUAACUGGACUACAGUCCCUAGACUUACAGCAGGGAGACAGCUAGCCCCAAAUCAAGUACCUAUUACACUUUAGAACUUUUGACUCUCUGCUUUCAGACAUGUUUACCCUUUCUGGAUAAUUUCAUAUUUUUAGUUUUCAGUUAGUAUGUUAAACUUCCUCUUGUACAAUUUCUGGUUGAAAGCCUAGGAGAUAUGGAAAAUAAACACUUCAUGUUUAAAGUCACCAAAUGUUGGAUGCUGUCGAAUGGCUGAGAUAGAAAAUGUGGUCCAAGUUUUAUAUUGUGAAUUGUCGGCUCCUGAAUUGAUUAUAAACUGUUAAUAAAAUAAUUGUUUUAAAAUUUAAAGAACCAUUAUCUGUUGACUUUUAUACUUUGUUAGGUUUCUAAAUUAUGCAACAAUUCCUAAGAAAUAAACCUUCAAAGAAACUUAAUAUAAAACCCAUCCUCAAUUAAUGUGUGUGAAAAUUACCGAUUGUUAUGUCACCUUUGCCUGUGCAAUAUAUGCUACUUGCCUCCAGUCUAUAUGCCAACAGUCUAUUCAAGUAAGGAAAUGAUAGUGGUACGAUGCCAUUGUAAUUCUGCUAAUUUUAGUCAAAGGAUCAGAAUUCUGAAGGUAGAGUUCAUAUCUGAUCUAUACUAAGACCUUUAAUCUUAGUCUUUACUUAGACCUGGAGUAUACUUACAAGUUAGGUCAACAUAGUUACUUUGGUCACAGGUGUGAAAAAACCACACCCCUAACCGACCUAGCUAUGCUUACCUAACUCCCAGCAAAGAUGCAGCUAUGUUGACGGAAUGAUGCUUCCGUUGACCUAGCUACCAUGACCCGGGGUGGCGUUGUUCCCACACUGUUGGAAAAACCCCUUCCAUCCAUCUACGCUGAGUCUACACAAUGAGAUUAUGCCAGCAUAGCUAGAGAGACAUGGCUAUGCCAGCACAGUCACCAAUGCAUAGACAUAUCCUUAGUUUUUCCCAAAUAAGUACUACAGUAUUAAAUCCAUAUUUCUGCUUCUCAACACACUAUACAUAUUCCUACUAAUAGUGAUUUAAAUCCCUGCUUCAAGAAAGCCAAACAUGACUGAAAAUGAAAUAGUUGGCACACUGUAUUGUCAAAAUAAAAAAAGCUCCAUGUGUUCUUAAUACAGAACAUUAGUCUCAAAAGACUGUCCCUUUCUCUGCCUCCCUGGCUGUUGCUGCAUUUCAGUGAGAAGUGAACUUAUUCUAGUAUAUGUUUAGUCUGUAAAGUGCCUGGUUGAAAAGCACUGUCAGAGAUAUUUUUGUGAAACUGAGACAUGCUAAAUGAUAAUGUUUAGUAAGGCAAAGUUAUACUUACUAAAUCUUUUCAUAUGUGAUUUUAUAUAUAUACACAUAUAUAUUUACUAUAUUACUGAAUUCCACCUGUAGACAAUUUGUACAUUAUAGAUAAACCAGUCAUACUAGGAAAUUGCAUAUAUGUCUUUAUAUUGUGAAACUACAUUUUAUGGAAAUGUAAAAUCUGAAUAUUCUUAAGUUGAUAUUUUUCAUACUGCAGCUGGUUAGUAGAAAAGAACUCAUCAGUUCAACAGGCUUAUUAGAAAACUAAAUGAAGGAACAAUAUGUUCUGCAUAAAAUAUAAAAAUCAGACUAUACUAAGUUGUGCACCAUAAUUCUGCUGUAUAAAAUCAAAAGGACAUGUUCUAGUGUGUAACGGACUAUACUACUUGGGGUACAUUGUACUGUAUUCUUUUUCUCAUUGCUGAUACAGUAUGUAGGCAGCGUUACGAGGAGACAGUUUCUCACACACACAAAUAAUUAAAGGAAGUAUUCUUUGCAUACUUGGACUGCCCAUCUGCAUAUAAUAAUUUCAAGGCAACUUAAAGCACUGGAUUUCCACUUAUUGGAUGUAGUCAG